AUGGAUUUGAAUUCAGAUAGUGAAGUUAUAACAGGUAGAAUCAAAAAACUUAAUAUAGAACAGCAAUAUCAAAAAACAGGAAUGAACUACUUUACAGAAAUAAGAAUAGAAUUGGAAAAAAAAAAGGUCAAUGAAAACAUACUAGCAAAAUCAACAGAAACCGAACAAAUAGA